AUGGCAUUCAUCUCGGGUCUAACUAGCGGAUAUUACAAUAAUCAAGAUGACAAUUCUAUAAGACUAAUGAAUAAGACGUACACAGAACACACAGCCAAGUAUAUCCAACUUGUUAGUAGUAUGGAAGCAAAAUUUGCCGAAGAUUUUAUUGAACUUCCCAAGGUCGUGUUUUGUGGAAAUCAAUCGGCUGGAAAGAGCAGCUUAUUGGAAGCAAUUUCUAAUGUUCAGCUUCCAAGAUGGCACGAAACGUGCACUCGGUGUGUAAUGGAGAUUCGCAUGCACGAAACACCAAAAAACAGCAAUUGGGAGUGCAGGAUCUCUCUGCGUGUAGAAUACGAUAAAAACAACAAACCACUUACAGAUACUCGUAAAAAUUCUUCGUUUGGCAAAGUCUUACACAAUUCAAAAGACGUUGAAUUAAUGGCAUAUCGUGCCCAAAAAGCACUGCUCAACCCGAGCAAAAAUUCUGACAUCUACCUUAAUCACGAACCGUUUGAUGGAUCGAAAAAGGAAACGAAUGAAAUUGAAUUUACAAUGAAUACUGUUUGUUUGUCCAUUACGGGACCAAACGUUCCCAAUUUAAGUCUGGUUGAUUUACCAGGAAUUGUGGAACAUAUUAAAAACACAACCCCAGACGUUUCACGGAAACUUGUUGCUACGAUAAAAACACUCACUACAAACUAUGUAGAAAAACCCAAAUCUAUAAUUGUCGCUACCAUUCCUUGCGAUUCGGAAGACGAGCACCAAGGUAUUCAUAAUAUAAUCAACGAAGUCGAUCCGCACAAAAACCGUACGGUAUUUGUCCUAACAAAACCAGACCGUAUCGAGGAGAAAACGCAUGGAAAAUGGUUACCGAAACUCGAAAAUUUAUCAGGACCAGACUAUUUCGUAGUCAUGAACCCAGAUCAGGCAAAAUUAAUCAAUGGAGUGACAUUUAUCCAGGCUAGGGAAGAAGAAGAACAUUGGUUUGCAAACACUCAGCCAUGGUGUUCGUCAACUUUUAAAGACAAACUCGGAGUAAAACGGCUGAGAACAAAGUUGGAAAAGUUACUCAUAGAAAAAAUUAGAGAAAAUAUUCCUAAAAUUACGGAUGAAAUAAAUAAAAGAUUAAUAGAGGCGAAUGGUAAAUUGAACGAAUUACCACCACCUCCCGCUAAUGCCCAAUUCGAAAUCAACAGAGUGACAAACAUGUGUGAAAGCAAACUUCGUCACAAGCUUGAAAACACUGGAACUGAUUUGAACGACGAAAAUGACAGUUUGUGGGAAAAAAUACGAAGACGGCUGAAUGAGUAUAAUAUGGCAAUCGAAAACGAAAGACCGGCGUUUGUGUUAACGUCGUCGUCUUUUGGACGUGUACAGAGAACGCUCCUUGUAGACCUUUUGCAAAAUAUUCCCGCAGCAAACCGUAAUGAGACAUAUAGUUCAAUCAUCGUAACUACCAUGGACAUUGUAAAUGAACAUAAAGGUUCGCUAAGUAGUGAGGCAUUUAUCAAGGAAACAAUAAAGGUUAAGGACAUAAUUAACCAAAGUAGAGGUUGCCUACUUCCCGGUAGAAUUCCCCAUGAAGUAUCGGAUUUCAUAAUUAGACCAUAUCAAUAUCACUGGAAACAGCAUUCAACGCAAUGUCUCAAAAAAAUGGUUGAUAUUUUGUGGAGGGAAAUUGAACAGAUUAUCCGCGAUUCAGCGAAACAAUACAGGAAACUUUGUCAUUUCUUGGAAGGACGCGCGAAGAAGCGGCUCGAAUCUUGUAAAGAGCGCUGCGAAAAACUGAUCGAGUCAUUUUCUGAUCUUGAGUUUAAGAGAUCGUAUACUAGCGAUAACCAAAUUGCACACAGUAUGAGUGAGUACCGGUCCCAAUUGGUCAACCUGGUACCUUAUGAUACGGAAGCCGCAGCUGUCGUGGCUGAUGUAAAAGCAUACUAUGAAUU